UAACAACUCGUGGAGGUACGGUGUUGCUGCUCGUCCUUAAGGAGGCUAAUUGAUUCGUUCUUCAGUUGGUGAACUUAUAAUUGCAUAUUGUAACCAUGUCUCAGAAAAGGCUGGCCACAAGUGCGCGCUCUGACAUCACUGAGAUGGACAUUGAUGGUACAGAGAUAGCCAAACUUCAGCGACAGCUCAGGAUCAUGGAAGGAGACCGGCAGGCUUAUAACAACCAGGCCCAGGAGAAGAUCCGCAAACAACAGCAGGAGAUUGAAAAGCUGGAGAAGGAGCAGGGGGAGCUGCAUCGAAACCUUGCUGUAUGCAUGAACUCUUUGCACCAACAACAGGAUAGCGAGGAUGCUCAGAGUCUUCAGGCUCUGCUCGAGCAGAAGGACAUUGUAGAGGAGGAGCUGGAAAAAGAGAAGCAAAGUCAAAAUGACUUGCAAAAAGAGAUUUUGAGCAUGCAGUCUAAGGUUGCUGAGCUGAGAAAAGGGAUGGUCAGUACCAGUGAUUUACAAAUGUUGGAAGCACAGAAGACUCAGAAGGCCAUACACACUUUGGAAUACAAAUUGGAAAGAGCUUCCACUCGCUUCAGUGAGCAGUUGACCAAAAACAACCACCUAAAAGAGGAGUUGAAGAAUCUUUACACUGACCGAGCCCGUUUCCAGCAACUCUGUAACAGGCUUAAUAUGGAGCUGCAGGAAAUCCAUAAGAAGAUUGGGGAAAUAAUCAGUCAAUCCACCGCUGCUUACGAUGGGAGGGUGGAGGCUCAGUCCAAGAUGACCACGAUGAGUGAGAAAGCAGUGAAGGACCUUGCCCAGUACAACGCUGACAUAUUAGAACUUGAGAGAGUUAUUGCACAUCAGUUUAACCUGAAAGAGUUCAUGAGCACCAAAGACAAUGAGAGGAAUGGGCAAGGCAACGAGCAUGAGACAGCAUCAAGACAGGAACCGAAGGAACAGAAGAAGGUGGAUUCAGGGGAAGAGUCAUUGGAUGCCCUGGAGGAAUUGUUUGAGAGGAUUCAGACUGUGACAGGGGAGGACAAUCUGGAUCUGCUGUCCACCAGGUUCAUCCAGGAUGAGGACCGUAACUUUGCACUCUUGAAUUUUGUGAAUGAGCAAAGUAAUGAGGCUGAAGCACUGAGGGAUCAAAUCAGUCAUAUCCAAGAGGAGAUGGAGCAGUUUCAAUUUAAAGGUCUGCAGUGGGAACAAGAUCGCCGCGCUUUGCUGAGAGACACUGAAGAGAAACAAAAGGAAACUGAAUCCAAAGCACAGGAUUAUGAAAACCAAGCCAACAUCAUUAGCAAAAUCCUGGAUGAAAUUAAAACAGGAGUUAACAGCAUUGUCUCUAAAAUGGAGUGUGACCGUUCAGUGAUUGAGGAUAAGCUGGGUUCCUCUACAGGAAUCACCGACAAUAACAUAAUGUCCUACCUUGGUCUUGUAGAGCAGAAGACUGAUAGACUGCUCACUAUACAGGCUUUUCUCAAUUCUAAAGAUGUGGAAAAGGACUACAAUCAUAAAGAGCUGAUCAAAUUCCUACUGAGUAAAAAUCCAAAACCACAUCAGCAAAAUAUUCAACCUUCUAUCAACAGUGUGCAGUAUGAUGCCGAACAAUCUCCCAGCAUUGAUGAGAGUGAACGGCCCCUUUCAGAAGUUGAACUCCGCAGAAGAAUAAUGCAAGGGGUUAUGCAGAAAGAAAGUUCUGGCCCACAAGCAUCAACAAAAGGCUCAAAGAUCAGUCAUCAGCUUGAUGGCAAACAGCACUCCCUGGAGGAUGCACUUCUGUGACACAUUAACAUAAUCAGGGGUUUUA